CGACUCCAACUAUGAAGCACCAAAAUAGACGACACCAACAACGAGAACUCGAAAGAAAAACACCCAGAAGUGUUAAUACUCAACAAGAAAAAGCAAAAAGCAAGUUACAAACAGAAAAAGAAACUAUACACUUCCCUAAGAACCGAUUUGAUCAUGAAAG